GGGGAGGGUACAAAAUCCCCAGCCCCUGCUUCCGCAAGCACUGAGUUGCUAUAAAAGGCGCCAGGCAUCAAAACGCACCUUUGACCAGCCAUAGUUCCACAUCUGCAUCUUUCUCUGGCUCAGCUCAUGGUCUGGAAUUAAGCUAUCACCUGUGUCACAAUGGAAGAAACGAGUAUGUGUGCCACCCCAUUGCAGAAGCCUAUAAAGACUGAGUGGAAUUCUCGGUGUGUCAUUUUCACCUAUUUUCAAGGGGACAUCGGCAGUGUAGUGGAUGAACACUUCUCCAGAGCUCUGAGCAAUGCCAAGAGCCCCCAGGAAUUGAGCCCCGUGAGCCAGAAUGGAGAUGUGAUCCUGAAGAAUGAUAGUGACAUGCCUCCAAAUCAUUGGCGUUUCUCUUCUCAGUGGACAAAGCCACAGCCAGAAGUAUCUUUUGCAAAUGGCACCGUCAACUGCAUCACGAAUGGGUUUGGUCCCAUGCCUAUGGAUCAGUACCCACUGCCCCUGUCUGGGGGUCCCUCUGUUCAGUCUAGUGAGCUGUGGCAUUUCUCCUCCCUAAUGAGCCCAAUCUCUCCAGAGCCAGAAUACCCUCAUGCCUUCUCUGCUGGGCACCUGGUUCCAGAGGUUCAGCCUAAUGGGAAAUAUGAGUCCCUCCUAAAUUUCCUCCAGCAAGAGAGAUGUGUAGCCUAUCCUCAGCAAGCUGCCAUGUGGGAGAAUUGCAACUCUGCCCAGGCAGCCAGAAGCACGGGAUUGCCCUUCAACCUGCCUUCCAGCUCAGUUCACUGUAGGAAAUAUUUGCGUCCAGAUCGUGCAUCUGCCAGUGCCAGCCUUGCAAGUGCCAGCCUUGCAAGUGGAAAAAGCCAGUCUCCAGAGAGAAGAAAGGAUUUGUUCUUUUACUGAACUUCAGUUUAAAGAAAAGAAUUCAUUUUUCCAAACCUGCUCAUGAUUUUCUACUGUGAAACCAGAGGGUCUAAAUACAGCACGGUCUUUUUCUCUUUUUGUCACUAAAGAGCACUGAGUCUGGAACAAGUUUUCAUUCUCCCUAAAAUUGCACACUUCUCUUCCUUGGCACCUAUACCCUAUGGCAGGGGUUUUAAUAUUUGUUAAGUGAUCCCCAGUACAUAAAAUCAUUAGAUGGGGAGCAUGGAGGUCCACCUGCUAGCUCAUCCCAUCUGACACUGCACCAUUGCUCUCCUACUUAGAAAUAAUAGUCCUUUUACUCUCUACCAGCAGGGUCUUUCAAACCAAGACUGACUGUGGGGUAUUCUAUGAGGUUGUCCUACUUUUCCAAUUGAAUAGAGAUACCAGGAUCAGCAUUAAGCUUCCCAAGUUUAACCAGACUGAUCAACUUCACUCCUGCCUUUACCAAAAUCAAAACAAAAAAAUGGGGUAGGCAAGGUAGUGGAUUGAGGUUGGCCAUUCCCCUCAUCCUCAAAGUCUGGAAGAGAACCAAGAAGGUCUCAGGAUGACCCUGAUGAAUGAAAUAGCUUCACUUGGAAAUUUGGAUUCCUCAGUUCUAAAAAAGUGAUUCCAACUGGAAUUACCGAGAAAUCCGAGGACUAACUUAUUGGAAGUUAGUUAGCAAACUGCCUCAUUCGAAGUUGGGCCUGGAGUAAGUUUUGUAUCCCAAGCAUUUCUUAGCCACAAUUCCAUGAGUUCCUGUCUGCCCUAAGUCUGAGGGUGAGGACUCUGGCUUAUUUAUUUGGACCUUGGAAGCACCUUGAAGCUUUCUACAGGGGCCAACCUAACUUCCAUAAAAUUUCCUUUAGCUCGUUCACUGUUAGUGGCAUCUGAGAAAAUUAACUUUUUUUUUUAGCACAGAACCUUUGGGGCUGCCCAUGGAGAUAACACACCGUAUCUUAGAUGAACUAGAGGUGAAAGGAAAGGGUUGGUCUAAAACAGCGGCAAGACCUCCCUGCAGAUUGUUCCUAAUAAGAUGACAAAUUUCUCCAAACUCAUUAAUUUCUCUAACGUAUUAGACAACCUUGCGUCCACCAUGAGCUUGGUACUUACCAUGUGACAACACUGGAAGCUCCUGCUGUCAAUGUUCCCCAACCACACUCCACUUGUUCCUGUGUACUGCUUAAAGGAUGAGUAAUAAAACUUCACUUUUAUG